UCACUCACACACAACAAAACUGUCACUUUCAUUCACCAUUACAGAGCCGCAGAUCUCAGAUCAGAGCUCAGUCUGAUCCACACGCCGGAUCUUUACAGCUUUCACCCGAACCUGGACUCAACCCGGUCAGAGAAUUCAUCAGUUAGCGGCUGCAGGUGAGGACAUGGCGACUGUAACCCCGAAACGCGCUGCAGCGGCGGCGGCAGCAGCAGAAUCCGGCCGGAGCGCCUCAUCCACCCCGCUCUCCCCCACCCGCAUCUCCCGCCUGCAGGAGAAAGUGGAGCUGCAGCACCUGAACGACAGACUGGCCGUUUACAUCGACCGAGUCCGGUCCCUGGAGCUGGAGAACAACCGCCUGUCUCUCAAGGUGUCGGAGCGGGAGGAGGUCGUUACCAAAGAGGUAACUGGGAUUAAGUCUCUGUACGAGGCAGAACUGGCCGAUGCUAGACGCGUUCUAGACGAGACCUCUCGAGACAGAGCAAAGCUACAGAUUAAUCUGGGCAAGGCCACCUCUGAGCUCGAGGAGCUUUCUAAGAACUAUAAAAAGAAGGAUGGAGACCUGGCUUCAGCCCUGGCCCGUAUCAAGGAGCUCGAGGCCCAGUUUAACCAGAACGAGGCAGCUCUCAACACCGCUCUUGGUGAGAAGUCUGCACUCGUCGCAAAUCUCGCCGACCUGAAGAAACAGCUGGCUAAGGCUGAGGAUGCUCACACUGUGGCUAAGAAGCAGCUGGAGGCAGAAACUCUGAUGAGAGUGGAUCUGGAAAACCGCUGCCAGAGUCUGACUGAAGACCUGGAGUUCAGGAAGAGCAUGUUUGAGGAGGAGGUGCGUGGGACAAGAAAGCGCCACGAGAAGAGGAUGGUAGAGGUGGACUCCGGAGCCAAACAGGAUUAUGAGUACAAACUGGCCCAGGCUCUGCAGGAUCUCCGAAGGGAGCAUGAGGAGCAAGUCGGUUUCUACAAGGCUGAGCUGGAGCAAACCUUCCAGGCCAAGCUGGAGAAUGCCAAGGGGUCUUCUGACCUCAACGACAAGGCCAUGUGCUCAGCCCGAGAGGAGGUGCAGGAGGCUCGUGUGAGGAUCGAGAGCUUGAGCUAUCAGCUCUCUGCCCUCCAGAAACAGGCCGCAGCAGCGGAGGAGCGCGUGCGCGAGCUGGAGGAAAUGAUGAGCAGCGAGCGUGACAAACACCGCAGAAUGAUUGAUGGGAAGGAGCGCGAGAUGGCCGAGAUGAGAGAACGCAUGCAGAUGCAGCUUAACGAGUAUCAGGAGCUGCUGGAUGUCAAGCUGGCCCUGGAUAUGGAGAUCCAUGCCUACAGGAAGCUGCUGGAGGGAGAGGAAGACAGGCUGAACCUGUCCCCGGAGUCUGCCCCUCGGGUCACCGUCUCCCGUACCGUGGCCUCCAGCAGCAGCAGCAGCUCCUCCCGCUCGUCUCGUGUCAAGAGGAAGCGUGUGGAGGUGGAGGACGAGGCGAUCAGUGCGAGGAGCGGUCCGAUUCUGCGCAGCUCUGCCACCAUGCGCGGCUCCGGCGCCGUCCGCAGUGCCUCCAGCGUCCGUGUGAGCCAGCACGCCGAGGCCACCGGAUCCAUCAGCGUAGAGGAGCUGGACCUCGAGGGAAAGUGUGUCACCCUGAAGAACAACUCCAGCAAGGAUCAGUCUCUGGGAGGCUGGAGACUGAAGAGGCAGGCCGGAGAGGAAGAAGAGAUCUCCUACAAGUUCACCCCGAAAUUCAUCCUUAAAGCAGGCCAGACCGUUAGAGUUUGGGCUGCAGAUGCCGGCGUGGCUCACAGUCCACCCUCAGACCUGCUGUGGAAGAGUCAGAGCAGCUGGGGCGCCGGAGACGAAAGCGUCACCUUGCUCGUCAAUUCAGAUGGAGAGGAGAUGGCAAAGCGCACCGUCACAAAGAGCAUAGUGACCGAGUUUGAGAAUGGAGAUGAUGAGAGUGGAGAUUUUGGAGAUGAAGAUCUGUUUCACCAGCAGGGUGAUCCAAAGACCCAGUCCAGGGAGUGCGCCGUCAUGUAAAGGGAGCUUUAGUCGCCACAGUAUAUUCCUGUCUAUUUCUUCAUAGAGCCACUACUUUUGUAUUCCCUGAUCAUGAGUUCUUAUUUCGCUCUUACCCGUCUUUGCCAGAAUAUGACUGGCGUUUUUUUUAAACGGACCUCGUUUAUUAUUUUUUAAAGCCAGGUAAUCAUAAACUGUGUAUUGAGGGUUUUUUAGUCUUGACUAUCAAAGCGUUUUUCAUCACUGGCAUUUUUUAGAAUCAGAUAGAAGCCCAUGUGUUCCAAAUACAUGCAGCUUCUCAGUAAUCGAGGUCUUUGAAUAUACACGAACAGCAGGAAGUGCUGUUUCAAACGUUCGGGAUCGUGUACCAUCGUUGCUUAUUGAUAGUCAGAUGUUUGUGCUUUAGGCAGGAAUGAAAAACGCUUUGAGAUGCGGCGCUUUGACUCGUUAUGUAGUUUACUGUAAGCUGGAACUGACAGCUGUCGCUUCGCUUUUGUUUUCGCUUCGCAACGCGCGCAGAUGGAUGAACAGGGUGGAAAACGUUAGACGGGACACUGAUCCCUUUUUAAAAAAAAAAAUAAUGAGCACAAAGUGCAAAAUCAUGCCGGAUUUAACACAGCGAUGAGUAAUUUACAUUUUAAAACUCUCUGCUCUAAUACAGAACAGACCUUUUAACGCUGUGCGACUCGCUUCAGCUCUCUGGUUACUUCGCUUCAUAGUUUUACAUCAAAUCAUGCAAAUAAAACUGCUUUUGUGCUGUGAGGUCAGAUACACAGCAGAACCAGGCCUUAGGCUCAGGGCUGAACUCUCCGUUACAGAAGGUUAAUGCGAGAGUGUUCUGAACGAUCAGGAUUUGGUUUCGUCUUGAGCUAAUUCUUGGUCACGUCGUCCAGGCCGGACGCUUUAAUCAUAAUGUGUGCGGAUACAGAACGCCGGACUGACCGCAUCUCUUUUUCGGACUGAUAAAAUGCUUAGGAUUUAACUUUGCUUCAACUUCAAGCAAUUGAAAAACAGACUAGACGUUUAAACCAUUAUAAAUAAUUCAUAAGCAUGAUAGAGUUUACAGUGUUUGUAUUAUGUCAUGAGCAGGAAACUACUAGAAUGGCUGAGAAAUGGUGCUACACCUUUACCCUCAUUAAAAUACCCAAAUCUAUAAGCAUUCGUAAAUAUGCAGUUUGCAAUGCUGAAAUCCUGCUCUGUAUAAUAUCAGGCUGUCAGGCUAACUGCUAUUAUACCUUGUUUGCUUUCAGUGCAAGUCACAGAUACAAUGAGUAGAAUUUUAAUACCUCACGUUACCUGAUUUAUUCCAUAUUUAAAAGCAGCCCGAACCUAAAACUCUUAACAGUAUUAAUAUUUAGCAUGCUCUCUUUUCCAUACGAACCCAGCAUUUCUUAGUGGGCUUAACAGUACGUCAAAUUAGUGUAGAAUGAAACUACACUAAACUGCAUUAGUGUCGUUACUCUAGUAUGAGUAUAAGGUUUGAGGUGCAGCCUUUUUGUUUAAGGCUAGCCAAGUUCUUGUGUCCCAGGUUCAUCAGAAUAUCUAAGUACCAACAUUUAAUCACAAAAAUAAAAGAAUGCACAAAGUUGUCGCUCAGGUGGCGCAGCGGUAAAUACGCUAGCGCACCAGAGUUGGGGUUUCGAAUACAUCGUGUCGAAUCUCAGAUCUGCCCUCCGACCGGGCUGCACGAACAACGAUUGACUGUUGUUUACAGGGUUAGGGGUAAAAAGUCGGAUCAUAGGUCCUCAUAACUGGUGUGACUGCGGCCCCUGCUAGCUGACUGAUGGCGCCUGCACAGGGCUGAGGAAUAAUGCUGAUGGGGUUGUGGCCCUCCGUACACAGUGCCUGUCAGUGUCUGAACUCGACUCGUGCAGGUGAAAAAUGCAGUCUGUACUGACUACGUGCCGGAGGGGGCGUGUGUCAGUUGAGAGGCGUCCUCAGUCAGCGGUGAAUGGUCGAAUCAGUAUAGAGGAGCAUUCAGGGUAACUGGACACGACUAGAUUAGGGGAGAAAAUUGGGGGGGGAUUAUAAAAAAUAAAAAAAAGAAUGCACAAAGUUAGGAAGGUUAAAAAUCUGUCUCAGAUUUCAGGACUGACUAAAUAAUAGGUUAAAUGUUUAAAAAAAUAAUAAUAAACUAAACUAAUUUGCACCAAUAGCUCAGCUGUCUCCAGUGCCCUCUCGUGUCGCCUGUAUCAGACCAGCCCCUGAUAAUGCAACCCACAAAAAUCAUUUUCCCAUACUCAUGCUAAGUGCAUGUUUUAAAGCCAGACGUUGUGCUUGGUUCGUACUUUUCCACCCUGUUUUUCUCUGAUGCAGCUAGAUGAUGCAUUUUAAUGCUUAAUAAACGUCGUUUUAUUCUGUUCUCUUUUUAUAAAUGUAAAAGCGGUCGUAGACUUUACGCGCAGUUAAUAUUUUUCUACAGUUUUAAUCACAGGGCGGGGCUUCCGGGGUUCCAUUUAAAGAAAAAACAACAAAAAAAAGCUCUCAGCACUCACAAGUGCAGAUUUCUCUUGUGUGCUCGGUGGCUGAGAUCAGUCGGUAACAAAACAGCACAAAUAAGUCAUAAUUGUUAUUAAUACUUUAAAAAGCUUUUUUUCCUCCGAGUUCUCCUCCAGCACACAACAGAGAAUCUCAGCGGUGCUGAAACGCAUUUCAUAUACAUUUGAAAGUGUGAUGAAUUAUUAAACAUUGAAUUAUUUGCAGAAUUCGAUGUCGGAUGCAGCCUGUUUUCAUUCUGAUUCCGGCCGUGGAGCCUGAUUUUAAUAAGCUGAAUAAUAGAGCUCUGCAUAUAGAAUCAUUUUCUCGGGAUUUUUGAAAUCAGGUUUACAUUCUUAGUUUGAAGUUGAAUUUUUAAAGACUGGUUUUACUCGAGUGCAGUGAUUUAUACGUUUGGUUUCACUGUACAGAUCUCAUUACAGCCAGUACUUGUGGGUAAUAAACUCCUUUUUAAGUCUUUUAUUCUAAGUGGCAACUUUUAAACACUCCACAUCUGUGAAUCAAACGGAGUUGGUUUUUAGGAUUUACACUGGUCGCGAGCAUUUCGUUUCUUCAGGUUUUAUUAGACGUGACUGUGAUGUGUAACAGAUGCCGAGCGCUUCCUGUUUUCUGAGCAGCACUGCUGGAUAAUAUAAUACAGAUAUACAGUAAUGCCCUACUGUAACACUGCCAUCCGAUGUGAAACGGCAGCGCCGACUUACUGAUUAACGUUUGAGCCGAGUCUAAUGUGAAAAGUAAAACUGUAAUCAGGGUUUCUGAACUGCAGUCCUGUCGGCACACUGAUCUCCAGCUAAGGUUGAGAAACCGUGAUCUAAAGUGAUUAAAACUGAAUUCUUUCCAAAAAGAAAAAGAAAUCUUGUUUUAUAUUAGGAUUAAACUUUAAGAGUGGAGGCCAAAUUUCUCAUGACUUCAAACUUUGAUUUUUACUUUUUUGUGAUUUCAAUUGUUUUGUAUGCAUAAUAAAAUAAAUGUUUUGCAUAAGAA